AUGGAUGAUGAUGACGAUGAGAAAGCAUUGAGAAUAAUCAGAAAGACUGAUGCCGAUUAUAUAUUUCAAAGCAAAGAUAAAAAGAAAGGUAUAGAUCCUGAAUUUCCAGAAAAUUCUUUGAUUAAUAUACAAAAAAUUAAUGGAGGAAAGUUGGAUUGCAUUGAAUUAGAUGGUGAUCAUAUUAGUGUGAAUUUACAUCCAAUAUGUAAAAAUAUUUCUAAUUAUAUCAAACAGUAUUUAAAUCUAAAUAUUCUUGAUACGUUGAAAGAAAAUGUGAUGAAUUAG